UCCAGCUUCUGAUUAAAGCAAUGGCACUGGGAGAAUCUCUGUCUUCUACGCCAACUUGGUCUGUUGCUAUUGUCACAACUGUCCUCGUAAUCCUUUCUCUGCUCAUUGAGCACUCUCUCCAUAUCCUAACUCAUUUUGUUGAUAGAAGAAAAAGGAAGAGUCUUAAACAAGCUGUAUGCCAAAUAAAGGCAGAAUUGAGAAAUUUGGGGUUCAUUUCUCUACUGCUGACUAUGGCUCAACAACCCAUAUCUAAGAUCUGUAUCUCUGUGAGCAUGGCUGACACUUUCCUUCCUUGUAAGGAAAAGCCGCCUCUUCCGACCACAAGCUUUGACAACGUGGAGAAUGCAAAUACAUGCGUGAAGAAGGGUAAACUGCCACUUAUGUCAUCUGAUGGAACACAGCAGCUGCAGGUUCUGAUAUUUAUGCUGGCGAUUUUCCACGUCGUUUCCUCCCUUCUUACUUUGGGUCUUGGGGAGAUCAAGACGAAGAAAUGGAGAAAAUGGGAAGAAGAGGCUCGCAGUCUGGAAUACCAGUUAUCAAAUGAUCCGAGACGAUUUAAGCUCGCUAAACAAACAUCCUUUGGGAGAAGGCACAUGCAGUUUUGGAGUAACCACGGGUCACUUCUCUGGAUUGUUUGUUUUGUGAGGCAAUUCAAGAAUUCUGUAUCACGAGCUGAUUAUUUUGCUCUUCGAAAUGGCUACAUUGAUGCUCAUCUUGGCCCAAAGUCAGCUUAUAAUUUUCACAAGUUUCUUAGAAGAUCUUUGGAUAAAGAUUUUAAAGGGUUAGUUACAAUCAGCCCUGCAAUCUGGACGGCUGUCAACUUGUUUAUCUUUUUCAACGCUCAUGUCUUUAACAACCAUUACUGGCUUCCUUUUAUCCCGUUAGUGGUGCUCUUGGCCAUAGGAACAAAAUUAGAGGUUAUCAUUACAAAAUUGUGCCUAAAAGGUAAUAAGCGGAGAGUGAUUGUUUCAGGCGAUGUUUAUGUGAACCCAGAUGACGAGCUUUUCUGGUUUGGACGGCCUCGAUGGCUUUUGCAUGCAAUCCAUAUUAUCUUAACUCAGGUAAUUAUAUGUUGGGCUGCAAACGAACCGAGCCGAAUCGAGUAUAUGAGUGUUCAUGUUUGAGUUCAUUUAUUAUCAGCUUGUUCAAGUUUAGUUCAUGAUUGAUUCAAGUUUUAUUGUUUGUGUUCAUGUUUGAUUUAUAUAAAUUAAUGAGUGUUCAUGCAUGUUUGAUUCAUGUUCGAUUCAUAUUUGAUUCGGUUAUAGUUUAUCGAGCAUUAAACAAGCAAACCUUAACAAGCUAUAAAUGAACUCUACUUCUAGAUGUUCAUUAACUUAACAAACGAGCUUU